CCGAGGGACGAGUGGCAGAAGGAGGGAAGGAAGGAUCGGAAGAAGGAAGGCGGACUCCAGAUACAAAGUGUGUUUUUGUGCGACACCCGAGGACCAUGUCGACCGCCGUCAUGAGUAAUACGUCCAUGUUCGAGUGCGGCGAGCAUCUCUUUAAGAAUGCAGCCUCGACUAAGACGAAGGAUCCUCCGUCAUCUCCAACGACGACGAGCAGCACGAAUAGCGGCACUGCCGGCGGCAACAACGUCGGCAAUGGACACGCACCUCUGAAACGCAGCUACACCUCCUUGAUGACCACAUUAAUCGAACAACAUCGAAAACUGGACCGUAGCGUGAGUGAACCAACAUCGCGCUACAAGACAGAGCUCUGUCGACCGUAUGAGGAGAGUGGCUCAUGUAAGUACGGCGAUAAAUGCCAGUUCGCGCAUGGAUAUGGCGAGUUGCGCAACCUGGCACGCCAUCCAAAGUACAAGACCGAGCUGUGCCGCACCUUCCACACGAUUGGCUUUUGCCCGUAUGGACCACGCUGCCACUUCAUCCACAAUUUCGAGGAAGCUCGUAUACACAAUCAGAAGGUGAGCGCCCAGCUGGGCUCAACGCAACCCAACAUAGUGGGUUUAAAUCCGCUGAUGAGUGCGGCUGCCGCUGCGGUAGCAUCCGCGACCGGCAACGGUACCGCCGCGAACAACAAUGCCACUGCCAAUAACGUCAGCGUCAACGUCAGCUUACUCGAGCAACUUGCCGCAUCGUCGCAUGUGGCCGCGGCUGCGGCGGCUGCUGCCACUACGUCAAAUCUCAUGCGAACAAAUUCAUUGAGUCUCGGUAGUACUGCUGCCACCAGUGCGAAUGGCUUCAAUCAGCCACAGUUGCUGCGAACAUCGUCGCUGAGCCUGGCUACGAAUCAUCAUCACGCGGUACACCAUCUUCGUCCGGUAAACGCCGUGAAUACGGUAAUGACCAAACCGAAACCGCUCAAUCUUAGCCCGACGUUCUCGCUCGGCAGCUCCGCUGAUUCAGUUUCGCCGUCGUCUAGCCUCAGUCAAUCACCAACGAACUCCAUGGCGAGUUUCUUCAGUGAUGACUGCAGUCAGCAGACGCUUUCAUGCGGGAAUAUGCAGACGACACCGUUCAGUUAUAGUCAAGACUUCAGUUUGCUCGCCUGCUCGAGACAGAGCCCGAGCCCGCGCAAUAAUGGCGUAUGCAGUCCCCUCGCGUCCGAUGAGGUAACACCCAGAACUCCCUCCCCGUUGUCACCUAACACGGAAUCCAGGUUGCCAGUCUUUAAUAGGAUCAGCAGCACCCUGGGCGACUUCGAUAACCUCAAGAUCUAG